UUGCGGAUGAGAAAGAAAAGAUAUUUUGCUUUUCUGCUUUGUAUCGGCCGUUGUGUCACACGUAUCUCUCUCUAUAAUUUUUUUUUUUUUUGCUGCUUUCUUCUUCCCAGUGCUAUCUAGGGUUUUUGUUCUGCUUAAUUUCUUGUUUAUUUUUUGUUCUUUGGUUGUUUUGGCGUGGUUCUUAGUUUGUCGGAUAAUUGCUGAAGUAGAUUGUUAAUUGAGCGUUUUUUCCCCUUCAAAUUUCUGGUGGGGAAAUCAUUACUGUUUGGCGGCUGGGAAAGUGAAGAUGGUUUGUGGAUGGAGGUGGCAGUGUUUCUAUUGCAGUUUUUCUGUUUUAAUUUUGACAGAUGCCGGGAAUUCGUGCUCGGAGCAGGUUAGAGGUGAGUUCUUAUCGGGCAGUCAAGUACGUGAAAGAAUGUGAAGUUAGUCUGGAGAGAAUGGAAGAAGUGAGUGAGGAAAUGACGCUAUUGGAUGCGGCGGAGGAUGCACAUGUCCAAAAUAAGGUUAGGCAAGAUGCUCAGGAGAAUGAGUUUUCACUGAAACCUGAAAAUACCAAUGUGGUUGAAUCACAAGAAAUGCUUAUUCCCAUUGACGGUGGCUAUUCACAGGAUUAUCCUCAUGAAUUUACUGAAAUUUUAGAGGGUAAGAAUCUGAGUAGGUGUAAAAACACUGUGAAGUUAUCUGAUCAACCAGAGUGCAGUCCUCAGUGUAUGGAUGAUGCUGGCGUAAUGGUUGAAGAGCUAACUGUGAAAAAUCAGAACGAUUCCAAUUUAGCAAUUAUUGGUCCAUCGAACAAUAGAGCACGACUGCUUUCUAGGCAUAAUCAGUGGCAGCAUCUUUACCAGCUGGCAAGUGGUUCAGGCAGUGGGAGUUCACGUAUGGAUACUUCUUACAAGAACAAUGGUCAGACAGUAACCCCUGGCAUAGAGACCGGUGGGUACACAUCUUUUCCUGAGGCUUUCGCUGGAAGAGCCAAUCGUAAUGAUUGUGGAGAGAAAUUGGAAGAAACGAAGGCUAUUGACAAUAAGGGUGGUGAUGCUCAUGGCAGCAUUCGGACCAAGAUUCUAUCAAAAUCGGGCUUUCCUGAAUUUUUUGUUAAAAAUACCUUGAAGGGGAAGGGAAUCAUUCGUAGAGGUAUACCACUGGAGGGCUUUAAUGUAGAACAUAGAAACCCUAAGAAUGCAAGGAAUGCUGGUGGCAUUACAUUGGCAUCUGACUCAUCAUUACAGCAUGACGUUAAGCCUGUCAUACCCUCCUUGAAUAGGAAAUCUGAGCGUAAAUUUCGGGGUUCUGCUUUAGAUGGCAUUAGUCUGAGAGAUUGGCUUAAAGUUCCCCACCACAAAGUAAAUAAAAGCGAAUGCUUGUAUAUAUUUAAGCACGUAGUGGAGCUGGUGGAUCGUUAUCAUGCACGGGGGGUUUUGUUGCAUGACUUACGUCCAUGUUCUUUCAGGAUAUUGACGACGAACGAGAUAAGGUACUUUGGAACUUUUAUUCAAUUAAAAACAGCGGAAAGUCUAAUGGUUAAAGAUAGUCAGUGUUCAGAUAGCCAUCAGACUCAGAAAAGGCCGUUAGAGCAAGGGAACUUUCUGUCAUUUGGUGUAUCUCCAAAAAAACAAAAAGAUGUCCAGAAUAUGAGUCUUAUGGCCCAACAUCCUCACUUUCCUUCAGAAUCUGGUGUCAAUCUUGAAACUGCAAAUACGAGGGUCUGCAAUAAGAAUGCUUCGGAAAAUUAUAAUGAACAUUUUGCUGAACAGGGGGUUAGGAGCAAGCCUGCUGGCCCUUGUGCAUACGAUUCUUCCCUGACUCCAAUAAGUGGCCUAUUGGAAGAGAAGUGGUAUGCAAGUCCAGAGGAACUUAAUGCAGGAUGCUGCUCACCUAAAUCAAAUAUAUUCUCUCUUGGUGUUCUUCUUUUUGAGUUACUUGGAAAGUUUGAAUCAGAUGGCGCACUUGUUGCAGCUAUGUCAAAUUUGAGGGAGAGGAUUCUUCCGCCUAACUUUCUAGCAGAUAAUUUGAAGGAAGUUGGGUUUUGUCUUUGGCUACUUCAUCCUGAGCCUGCAUCUCGUCCAACCACAAGGGAGAUUUUAGAAUCAGAACUAAUCAAUGGAAUAGCAAAUGUUCCGGCACCAGAGCUUUCAACAUCUAUUGACGAGGAAGAUGCUGAAUCAGAGUUAUUAUUGCAGUUCCUCACAUCAUUGAAUGAACAAAAGCGGAAACAUGCCUCAAAGUUGAUGGAAGACAUACGGUAUUUAGAAUCAGAUAUUGAAGAAGUCAAUAAAAGGCACAGUUCAGCCAAAGCCUUGGAUAAAUCUAGCUUGUCUAAUACCGUGAAUGGAAGGGAUAGUUCGAUCUAUCAUGGAGGAUGUCUAAACUCAGAUGGGUUCUCGCAGGUGUAUACAAUAUCACAUAUCAAUGAAGAGAGAAUUGUAAAAAAUAUAAGUCAGCUUGAAAGUGCUUAUUUUUCCAUGAGAUCAAAAGUAGAUCCUUCUAAGAAUGACCCAGCAAUUCGGACAGAUAAAGAUUUACUGAGAGCUCGUGAAAACUGCUAUCUACUACAAAAAGAUGAUGAGAGGAGUCACGGUGAUCGUCUGGGUGCCUUUUUUGAUGGGUUUUGCAAGUAUUCUCGCUAUUGCAAGUUCGAAGUAUGUGGGGUACUGAGAAACGGUGAUUUUAACAGUUCCUCAAAUGUAAUCUGUUCCUUGAGUUUUGAUCGGGAUGAGGACUAUUUUGCUGCUGCUGGAGUGUCAAAGAAAAUAAGGAUUUUUGAGUUCAACUCACUCUUUAGUGAUUCGGUCGAUAUUCACUAUCCCGCAGUUGAAAUGUUUAAUAGAUCAAAGCUUAGCUGUGUUUGCUGGAAUAGCUACAUCAGGAAUUAUCUGGCUUCAACUGACUACGACGGUGUGGUUAAGUUGUGGGAUGCAACUGUAGGUCAAGAGGUUUCUCAAUUCAAAGAACACGAGAAGAGGGCGUGGUCCGUUGACUUUUCACAAGUUCAUCCUACAAAAUUGGCCAGUGGAAGUGACGAUUGUGCUGUAAAACUUUGGGGCAUAAAUGAGAAAAAAUGUUUGGGCACAAUCAGGAACAUAGCAAAUGUCUGCUGUGUUCAGUUCUCUGCUCACUCAACUCAUUUGCUAGCUUUUGGGUCUGCCGAUUACAGAACCUAUUGCUUUGAUCUACGUAAUACUAAAGCCCCCUGGUGUGUGUUGGGUGGGCAUGAGAAAGCUGUAAGCUAUGUGAAAUUCUUGGACUCGGAGACCCUUGUUUCUGCGUCCACAGACAACACAUUGAAGCUGUGGGAUCUUAAUAGAACCAAUCCUACUGGCUUGUCUACCAAUCCUUGUAGUUUAACUCUCAGUGGCCACACUAAUGAAAAAAAUUUCGUGGGUCUAUCCGUUUUCGAUGGCUACAUCGCUUGUGGUUCAGAAACAAAUGAAGUAUAUGCUUACCAUAGAUCUCUGCCCAUGCCAAUGACUUCCUACAAGUUCGGUUCUGUCGACCCUAUUUCGGGUAAAGAGACGGAGGACGACAAUGGACAAUUCGUUUCAAGUGUAUGCUGGAGAGGAAAAUCUGACAUGGUUGUUGCAGCCAACUCAAGCGGGUGUAUAAAAGUACUGCAAAUGGUUUGAGUGUGAAAACCGAUUCUCUAAUUAACUCGACCAAUUCGGUCACGUUACAGCUCGUGGAUUUGACAGUAUCUGAAGCCCAAUUCUGAGAAUAAGUAACAAAAUGGUAACAUCAUUUACAUUUUCAUCUCAUAUUUCCUUCUUUUCUUGAGUUAUAUAUAAGCUGAGAUAUCGAUUCAAUAUAUGGAAUGAUAUGAUUGAAAAGCUGUCUCUUUGUGACUGUAUAUAUUAAAAAGAAAUGUGUCUGAAGUAUACACUUGUUCUAACUGAUAAUUUAUUCGAUUCUUUUCGUGAUUGUAAUUUUACCCAACAGCUAGUUAUAAAAGCUGCAUAAGAAGCAGAAUGGUUGCAUAUUGAGAUUGAACACUUCCUCUUCUGGAUUGUGAUUUUCUCCUUGAGCUUUCCAAGGAUUUGUGCUAAUUUCAAGAUAAGGUUUUGUAAUGAACUCUCCAAUUUUGUCUCUUUAGGUCGCUUCUUUUUCUAUAUUGUGUUCUUUUGAUUUGUGGCUGAAUUGUGAGUUUAUUUAGACAGAAUGGAUAUGGGAGACCAAUUUUACC